UUCACCAAUAACACCAACAAAUAUUCGGCAUUCCUCAUCGCCCACACACCCCCAAAGCAAACAAACAAAAAAACUGACAGCCAACCAAGCAAGCAGCGAAGGGAAACCGCAACGCAGAGCGCACAAUCACACACAACUUCUUCCCUUCUUCCUUGCUCAGUUGCUUGCUUCUUGUGGUUGCUCCCGCUCCCCCACCUCGACAACUUCUUCCCAGACGCACGCCCACGCACUCGCGCACGUCGCCGCCUGCACGGGGCGGACAUUGCUUUGCUUCUUCGACAACCACGAGGGAACCAGCAUCACCAACCCCCACCCUCCUCGUUUUGCACGUUGCAGCUAACAGAAGGACGCCCAGACACACACGUCGACAACUACAGCAACGUCAACAAACACACACACACACACAACAAACACCCGCACACACAUAAUACACGCACACAACAACACACAUACACACACAGGACCGCCCGUCUCUGUGGUCGCAAGCAACUCAAGCUUGAUUGGGGUGUCUUCACCGGGCUCUUCAUCCCCGUUUCCACCAAGAGCGCAACCUCAGCCAUGUCUGGCCGACAAGCAGCCACGCGAAAGCUGCUGCAGGAGAUGAGGCAGCUGCAGAAGGAGCCCAUUGAUGGUGCCAUCAUCGACGUCGAUGAAGACAACAUCUUCAGCUGGAAAAUCGCCCUCUUUGGCCCUCCCGACACACCAUAUGCUGGUGGCUACUUCAAGGCUCGUCUCGACUUUCCCGACACAUACCCAUUCAACCCUCCCAACAUGCGCUUCACAAGCCGUAUCUGGCACCCAAACGUCUUCCCCAACGGCAACAUCUGCAUCUCCAUCCUGCACUCCCCUGGCACGGACCACCUCAGCGGCGAGAGGCCCGAGGAGCGCUGGAACCCAACCCAAACCGUCAGGACGAUUCUGUUGUCUGUGAUUUCGAUACUGAAUGAGCCCAACACAUCGUCGCCUGCAAACGUGGAUGCGAACGUGUCGUUCCUCAAGUACAAGCGCGGCGAAAGCGACGACUACCUGCAGCGUGUCAAACACGACGUGCAGGCGUCACAGCGGCUGGCAAAGGAGGAUGGUGUCACCAUCCCCUCCUCCAUCGAUGACUACGUCAUCAAGCACAAGCCUGUCGAGGAGCCCGUUCUGACUGCCGACGACCUGAUGGACUCAGACGUUGCCGACAGCGAUGAGGACUACGAUUACGACCACGACAGCGAGGGAGACGACGAAGACGCAAACGAUGAACACAUGGGGGAAGGACAUGACGUUGCUGAUGGCUGUGGUGAUGGCGAAGUGGAUGAUGGCGGUAGGGAGGAGCCAGAGCAGGAGGACAACUGAUGGCAUGCGGUGCAACCCAACAACAUCUUUGUCCCGCAGCACCCAAGUCAUGUGAUUGUAUCUCUGUGCUUGUGUUGGGCGUGUCACCUGUGCCUCCUCCUCCUCUUCUGUGAACCUGUAUUCCUCUCCCCUCUUUUCCGCUUCUUUCUCCUCCCCCCUUUCCCUGUCUCGUGCUUGUCGCUGUCACUCUUUGCUCGCAGUCAACGCUUGCACUUCCUGUUUCUCUUUCUCCUUCUCUUCCUCUUUCCUUCCCCCCUUCUCCCCCUGUUUCCGUCUCUUUCUUCCUUUUCCAUGUCUCCCUUCAUGUGUGUUUGAGAGCUCGUGCUUGUCUGCCUCCCUGCCUGCCUGCAUGGUUGUCCCCGUCUGUUUGUUUGCAGUCCACGUAUUUCGCCCUGAUUAAACGGCUGUGAAUGCUUGCUCCAUGCAUGCAUGUAAACACCAAGAGGAA